CCUCCUCCGCCUGCUCAGCGGGGCAGGGUCGGUCCGGCUCGGUCCCCGCUGCGCUCGGACAGGAAUAGAAGAUGAACAAACCAGUAACACCAUCAACAUAUGUGCGCUGCCUCAAUGUUGGACUAAUUAGAAAGCUGUCAGAUUUUAUUGAUCCUCAAGAAGGAUGGAAGAAGUUAGCAGUAGCUAUUAAAAAACCAUCUGGUGAUGAUAGAUACAAUCAGUUUCACAUAAGGAGAUUUGAAGCAUUACUUCAAACUGGAAAAAGUCCCACCAGUGAAUUACUGUUUGACUGGGGCACCACAAAUUGCACAGUUGGUGAUCUUGUGGAUCUUUUGAUCCAAAAUGAGUUUUUUGCCCCUGCGAGUCUUUUGCUACCAGAUGCUGUUCCCAAAACUGUUAAAACACUGCCUUGUAAAGAAGCUGUAACAGUCGAGCAGAAUCAGAUGCCUCUCUAUAAUAAAGACAGGUCAUUUGUGAUACCUGUGCGGAAUCCUGAGCAAAAUUAUAUGCCACCUGACUCCUCAAGUACAGAAAGUUUAGAAGUUAGUGAUACGCGUUUUCACAGUUUUUCAUUUUACGAAUUGAAGGAUGUCACAAAUAACUUUGAUGAAAGACCCAUUUCUGUCGGUGGCAACAAAAUGGGAGAGGGCGGAUUUGGAGUUGUUUAUAAAGGCUAUGUGGACAACAGAACGGUGGCUGUGAAGAGGCUUGCAGCAGUGGUUGACAUUAGUAAUGAAGAAUUGAAACAACAGUUUGAUCAAGAAAUAAAAGUAAUGGCAAAGUGCCAACAUGAAAAUUUAGUAGAACUACUUGGUUUCUCAAGUGAUGGAGAUGACCUCUGCUUAGUAUAUGUUUACAUGCCUAACGGUUCAUUGCUGGACAGACUGUCUUGCUUGGAUGAUACUCCACCACUUUCUUGGCACAUGAGAUGCAGGAUUUCUCAGGGUGCAGCUAAUGGCAUCAGUUUUUUACAUGAAAACCAUCAAAUUCAUAGAGAUAUUAAAAGUGCAAAUAUCUUACUAGAUGGAGACUUUACAGCCAAAAUAUCUGACUUUGGGCUUGCACGGGCUUCUGAGAAGUUUUCCCAGACAAUCAUGACUAGCAGAAUUGUGGGAACAACAGCUUAUAUGGCACCUGAGGCUUUGCGAGGAGAAAUAACACCCAAAUCUGACAUCUACAGCUUUGGUGUGGUUUUACUAGAAAUAAUAACUGGACUUCCAGCUGUGGAUGAACACCGGGAACCUCAGUUGUUGCUAGAUAUUAAAGAAGAAAUUGAAGAUGAAGAAAAGACAAUUGAAGAUUAUGUUGAUAAGAAGAUGAAUGACAUUGAUUUCACUUCCAUUGAAACUAUGUACUCUGUUGCCAGUCAAUGUCUGAAUGAAAAGAAAAAUAAGAGACCAGACAUUAAGACGGUCCAACAGCUGCUGCAAGAAAUGAUGGCUUCUUAAAACUUUAGUAGAAGAGACUCUUGGCUUUUUAAUAUACAGCUAUCAAAACCAUUUUCUAGGCUAAAUGUUCUGAUGAACAUUCUUUUUUACCUUUAACAAGGCAGCAUGAUGCAGUGCAGUGGUUAUGAAAGCUUAUGUAGAACCCCCAACGUACAGAACAAACAAAAGUAGAGCUGCCAUAUCAACGCUUGGCCCGAACUUCUUAGUGUCACCUUCCAUUCGUGCAGUAAUCCCUGAAACGUCUUCUUGGAACCUCACCAAACACAAUUUGAAAACUAGGAUUAGCAAAAAAGAGGACUGGACUAUAGAAUGAAAAGGCCCAACUCCACUACUAAUUUUCUAUAAAGCUAUGGUCAGCCUCUUAGCUGCUUUGAGCUUGGUUUUUUUCACCUGUAGCAUUGGAUUAUACUUACUGUACCUCUCUGACAAGUAGUCAUGAAAAUCAAAGGAUGCAGAAUGUUUACAAAGUACUUAUAAAGUGAUAUAAAAUUUAAAUUUUAUAUAGAUGAUUAUAAAAUUUUUACAGUCAUUUGUUUAUAGAAUCAUGUUCACAAUGAGCUUUUUUAAUUUAUUUUUUUAUUUUUAUUGAUUUCAGAGAGGGUGAGAGAGAUAGAAACAUCAAUGAUGAGAGAGAAUCAUUGAUCAGGCUGCCUCCUGCACACCCCACACUGGGGAUCAAGACCACAACCCAAGCAUGUGCCCCAACUGGGAAUCAAACCAUGACCUCCUGGUUCAUAGGUCGACGCUCAACUACUGAGCCAUGCCGGCCAGGCCACAGUGAGCUCUUUUAAGCAAUUAUUCAUCACAAGCCAAAUAUUCCCAGAUGAUAUUCCUGUGAUAGGGCCAUAAUUAGAUUAUGUUACAUAGCAAAGUUGAUGGAAUUUUGCAAUGCAGUUAAGGUUCCUAAUCAGUUGACUUUGAGGGACUAAUCGGGGACUGUGCUGGGUGGUCCUGACCUAAGAAGGUGAGCUCUUGCAAGAAGUCUGAGAGAUUCUCCUGUGGGCCUUGAAGAAGGAAGCUCCCAUGUUGUAAGAGGGCCACAUUGGCGAAGACCUAAGGAUCGCUUUCAGGAGAUGAGAGCUACCUUCUGGCUGGGACUUCGGAUGUAUACCCACAAGAAACUGAAUUCUUCUAAUAGCCUAAAUUAGCUUAGAAGAGUAUUCCAGACUUCAGAUGAUGCUGUAGUCCUGGCUAACAUCAAAGUUUCGCCCUUGUGAGACCCUCAGUGAAUCUAGCUGAGCUGUGCCUGUACUUCCUACAUACAGAACUGUGACAUAAUAAAUGUGUUGCUAUAAGCUA